AUGGAACUGGAACUGCAACUGGAACUGGAACGAGACGAGACCGAGAUCGAGAUCCUGAACACACGAGGAAUCCAGGAACAUCCCAGCGGGAUAUGGAAUGGUGUCGGUAUUGGCCGUAACGGCGCCGUUACCCUUCCACCCCUCGCCCAUCGCCCAGGUUUGGCAAGCUUCCAGAAACACCCCCAUGGCGCGACCCAGGCGCCUCCACCACCCCAAACUCGGUGGUGGGACGAUCCACUUGCGAUAUUGGACCCUCCUUUCCUGGCUAUCCUCCCUCACCCUGAGAAAACCCGGUAUGCAAUGCCUCCCCGAGUCGAGAUCAUUGACGACUCGUUCCCCCGUCUGGUUCCAUUUGGCUCAUCACAGUUUCUUAGAAAGUCCGCUGCCCUCGCCGCCACCACGCACGAAUUCCUGUACCGAUACAAUAGCAUCAUACUGCCUCACCACACAAUGAGCUCCUCCAAGUCCUCCUCUGAUCUCCGCCACAUCGGCGCUGGCCUGAAGGCCCCCCACAUCUCCGGCCACGACUACAACCUCUCCCUCCCCAACGACAAGCCCUCGUACGCCUCCCUCCUACCCAAGAACAAACCCGCCAAGGGCUCCGCCGCCGUGUCGGCCUGGCUGGCCGCGCCGAAGGAAUCCCAGCCGUGGGUACCCCUCGGCCUCAAAUAA